AGUAUCGAAUAAAAAUGUCUGUAUUGAUACCUGAAAUAAGAACUAAUUCGAAGAAGAAAAACGUAGACCCAUUCAGACAGAGCAUGUUUGGAUUAAAUACACCAAUAUCUGAAUGUCGAAGACGAAAUAAAUUAGAUGAUUUUGAUGGAAUACGGAGCAUUUUGUCACAAAGCAAUAUCGAAGACAAUUGGAUGCCGUAUGUCCAGGAGGAUGGUGGCUUAUUUUACGUUAUAGUCAAGGAUACAUCAGAUCAACCAGGAUUUCAUGGAACCAAUAAGUGUUACUUUCAUUCGGAUGUUCAAAGAAAUACCAAACGAUGUCUCUGUGAUUCUUCCAGUCAAAAGAACAAUCAAUCGAGUUCAUCUGGCUGUUUAAAACACGGUCAGAAUAACAAUCACCCUAAGGCAUCUGUUCGCUUUAAUCACAUCAGUGAUCAUCAGCAACGACAACAUACAUGUAACAAAAACAAAAUCUCUUCUAGUCAUAACUAUUGUGAAAGUUCGUGUAGAAGUAAACAAUCCUUGCCUUUAAAAGAAAUAAGUGAAUGUGACAGAUGCACCAUUACAAAAGGACUUUGUGAACGUGAUGUAAAUCAUAACUUUUUUCAUGGGAAAGAACAUGGAUUAUUGAGUAGCAAUGAGUCGAGUAUUGAUACACAGAGCAAUUCAGAUAAAUCAUCUUUAAGCAGCUCUCCAACAUCUAUAGACAAUUUCAUCAAGAAAUCAAAAAAGCCUUUUUCACAAAGACUAAAUUUAACCCGAUUCCGUUUGAGAUUUCGAUCAGUGAAAUAACUCCAGGUGUUUGUUCAUUCA